AUGGUAAAGUUCAAGCAGCCCGGAUUUUCAUCUAGAACCUUUCGCGUAGCAGCGGGUACCGUCGAGCGACAGUAUGAUAUUGGCCAAGGAAACUUCAAUCUACCACUUGAGGACAAGGGGGAUCCGAAAUAUCGAUGCAAUUUUGCCCAAGGCAACUAUUUUGGGUAUCGUGCAGCACAUGAGAAGAAGGUUAUGAGAAUGGAUGACUUGGACAAUGUGGAAUCAGCAAACAUACCUAAAUUCAUCUCAGCAUAUGAAAAUGAACCUUUCUAUCCUUUCUUUCACCAGUACCGGGCCGACAUCGAGAACUUUUCUCAACGAUCACUGGAACUUGCGGCAAAGCAUCUGUAUGAAGAAAAGUCCGAGGACUUCCUUCGUUACAUGAUCUACUGGCUGCGCUCUCCUGAGGAUGAUAGGAAGGUGGAGAACACAUGGUCGCGUGCUCACAAUGACUUCGGAAGUCUGACGUUGCCGUGGAGCCAGAAAAUCGCAGGAUUACAGCUGAAGACGCUAUCAGGAGAGUGGAAAUAUGUACCGCCCGUCGAUAAUGGCAUCAUCUGUAAUGUCGGCAACACUCUUGACUUUUGGUCAGCCGGAUACCUGAAAUCGACAACGCAUCGUGUUGUGCGGCCUCCAAGGGACCAAUCACAUAUUCACCGCUUAGGCCUGUUCUACUUCGUUCGGGCUGGUGAUGAGGUUGACAUAAGUCCGCCCCUUCGCCCCUGCUCAAGCGCCUUGGUCGCGUCCGAAAUGAUCAGGAGGCUGCAGCACCUGUAAGAGGCCUUAGGUACGUAAGGGAAAGGGUUAAGAAUUACCACAAUCACAAAAAUUAC